UCUCGGGGUUUAACGGGGAAGGCGGAGGGGGCGGGCCAUGUCAGCAGGCCAAAGGGGAUUCUGAGCCACAAGUUCCUUUUGUGGCCGCGGGAGGGCGUUAUUUGAUUCUCCAUGCCUUUUGUUCCAACCCUACCACUGCUUUUGGAGUGUUUAAAGCACUAAAUUAGGUCAUCAGUGGACCAAAUGGAGAGAGAAGAAGAAAGGGGAGGCCUCCUUCAAUCCUACUCAGCAUCCAAUAUCUCCUUCCCUGCUCCUCUCUGUAGCUCACUUCCCUGCUGUUCGUCGACUUCUCCCUCCCUGCUACUCCCAAAAGCUAUCGUAACGAACAGCUCGCUCACCCUCGCCGCCCCUCUCGCCGCUCUCUCCGCGCCCAAGACGUCGCCGACCUUCUUCGGCUCCUCCUCCUCCGCCGCCGGCAUCCGAUACCUGCACACCGGGCACGACCUCCUCGCCAGGCUCCACAAUCCUCAUGGCACGCCAGCCGCCGCCAGCCCGGGUGGGUGCAACUCGGACAGCAGCGCUGGCUCGCCCUGGAAGAUGACCAUCCCCCGGGUGAGCGGGUUGAGUAUGACGACCCGCUCCAGCUCCGGCGUCUCCCCCUCCGCGGGGCCCGUCCGCACCACGCCGAAGACGAUGGGGAAGAGGGCGGUCCCCCGCCGCUCGUCGCCGUCUUUGGCGCCACCGUCCCUCCGCAGGAUCCCCUCGAGUCGCCCGAGCUCGCGCUCCGCCGCCGCCGCCGCCAUAGAUCGAGAUCGCCGAGUCGACGGAGUGGCGGAAGUCUGUGGAAGCAUCCAGAACAUUUCCUGUAGCAGUUAAUCCAUGAGUGAGGUGGUGGCCACAUGUCGGCGUGGAGCCCACAAUUAUUUAAGCGGGGCCAGCACGGACGUCUGGCGGAUAUCGUGCCACGUGGGAUGGAGGUCCGUUCGGGAUCCCCGGGUUAACAACGCGUUUGGGGUCAGCAAAGGAAACAAGACGCCAUACAUCUCCCCUCCGUUUCAACCCAAUGACAUGUUUGUCCUCUUCUCGGAGUCACUACACACAUUGGUUGCUUCCAAGAACUUACGAGGAUUCCAAGAAUACAGCAGAUGCUUGUCGAGCUGAAGCAAGAAGCAAGAGGAAUGAAUCUCAAACGAAGAACAGCAAAGUUUCUUGGAAUUCUGUCAUGAUGAACAAGAAAAUCAAUCAUCUCGACGAACAAAAAAUUUCGAUUAUUAUGUCUUCGAACAAGCAGUAAAAGAAUCGGUUUCAAUGGUACAGAAAUCAUGAAUGGCAAUCUUGCAGCUGGCCAACAACUAGGAGUUGGUGGUGAAUGUGCCAACGUAGCCGAAACCCAUGACGACAAAUGCAAAUGCUUGAAGGUAGAUGUACACAUAGUAGUAGUUCACUGCGAAGGCAACAUUGUAGGAAGCACAGCACAUGAGGAAGACCGCAAACCCGAGCUGCAAGAAGCUCACCCUGAGAUCCAAAAAGAGAAGGGUGUCUCCAAGCUUCUGUGUCACAACCCAUUCAUUUACGCUUGCUGUCUCCAGUAGACCGAUCAAGGCUGCUUUCAUCCGGUGCAUGGACAUGACGUUCUCAAACAAAAUCCAGAAUGGCAUUAUGUGAAGGGAGCUGCGACGAAGAGAGGGCAUAUCAGGGAAGAAAGUUCUGAUCAAGGGGUAUGUUCAUCGGUAAAGAUCGAUACCUGGGAUUUCUGAUGGCAUUGAGAACGUAGAAUGCAAAGGUGACGAUCGGGGCCACAACUCUUCUAACAAAGAAGAAACUGUAGAUCACAUGGAUUUUCUUCAACAGGGAUACCUCCUGCUCCAUAACAAAGAGACAAGUCUCAGGGAAGUAAGAUCGACCGAUGUAUGCUUGUUUACUUGAAGAAGGCUUCUGCUACCUUUGCGAGUACAAUGUCGCGUGCCAUUUUUCUAAAUAAGUUGGCAGCUCCACAGGUCCAUCGAUGCUGUUGAUGUCGGUAAGCCUUGAAGGUACUUGGGAGUUCGCUUCUGACCUGCAAUAGUUGUGGCAAAACACUUACAGAUUACUGAGCUUCUCCUUUGCUGAAUACUGUCAUGGAUCACAGCAAAUUUGAGUACCUUGACGUCACCAACAUACAAGAAUUUCCAGCCCUUGAGACUGGCUCGAACAGCCAAGUCCAUGUCCUCAACCGUCGUUCGAUCUUUCCAGCCUCCAACUUCAUUGAUAGCAGAUAUUCGCCACACGCCAGCAGUUCCUGUGAGAGUGAAUAUUGUGAUGGACUGGAAUACUUGAAAACCAUGUCCUCUUUCUUUGAACAUUCAAAUAAUUUUUGCAACUUUACAAUUGCAUACAUGGUUUAUGCUUUUUUUCA